CUUGUCAGCACAGUAUCUUAUACAGAUAAAGCAGAUGUAUGUUUCAACAUAGUGCUUGUACCUGGGGGCUUCAGUGUCUUAUGAAACCAGAAAGAAAAGUAAUCUUUUAGAGUACAGGAAUCAGUGGCACUAGCCACAUGGACCAUUUUUCCACAGAACCUAAUCUUCAUGAAGCACUGUGCAUGGUAAGAACCUGCCAUUUGAUUACAAUGCUGGAGGAUUGCCUGUACAAAGCAAAACGUCACAAGCUUCACUGCUCAAAAGUACUUGUUCCAAAAGAGCUAACAGUAAGAGUUGCUCAAGAAGUCUUAAAGCUCUCUUCAAAUGAGCCUUGUGGACUACGUGGUUGUGUUCUGUACGUGAACUUAGAAGCUCAAAAUAAGAAGAUAAAUCUAGGCAAAUUGGUUUACGAUUCUGCAGUUGAGCCAACUUUUGAACUUUCGCUGUUAUUAAAGCAGGAUAUUCAGACAUGGGACUAUUUUAGAGAUCUCAUCAACAGAACAUGUUUUCCCAAUUUUUUUCAAAAUAUCUUAAAAUUAAGUCCCAAGUUCAUGCUUGCCAAGAAAAGAUUAUAUUUUUCAGUUGCAGAAACAGGAACUGAUGAUUUUUAGCUCCUAGCUUGUUAAUAUACAUCAAUAUGUGCAUGUUAACAGACUUGCCACUUUUACAUAUUCUACAUUUAGGGCUGGACUUGGGAAGAAAAGUAGCACCCAAAUGACAAAUUAAAAUAUAUGGCUGCACAUUUUAAGACUAGAACUGUUGCAUGAGUGGCGAUAAGGUAAGACAAAAUCACAAAGGAUGGAAUCAGCGCACACCAAUCUGAGGCACAAAUAUUGGGGAUUCUGUCACACUAUAUGGCCAUAUAUUGCUUAGCCUGCCACUACGAAGCGGACACCUGAUAUUCUGUCUACUUAAAAAACCUAAUAAGGAAAAUGGUUAUAGUCAUAUCGGUCCAAGAGUAGAUGGACUCUUUUAUUGGGAUAAACAUACAAAAGAUCUUGCAUCAGUUAGGAUUUUGGGACCUCAGAAUGAUUAUAUCACCAUUAAAAGACGUUAAAGGGAAUUU